AUGAUGGUGGUGGACGGUGGCGGCGAGCACCUGGCGGUGGUGGACGUCGUCGAGAAGCAGAUGAGGAGGAGGAACGGCCCCGAGAACGAUGGGUGGCACCGAGGAAGUAUCGGAGACCGUGACGAUGGGCGAGGGCGGUCUGUGAGUGGCCGAGCGGAUGAAGAGUGCCACGAGAAGGUCGGUAUGGACGUGCUGGUCGAGGAUUUGUGUCGACUCGACAUUGAGGGCAAGUACGGACAAGCGGAACGUGACGAGUGUGCACAGCGGGUCUUUGGACACGCAUGUGGGCUACUGAGGGCGACAGCUUUCCUGACGAGUGAGGCUUUGACGAAGACGGGCAAGUCGAAGCGCAACCUGAAGUCCAAGGCCAUGAGCGUGAACGCGGAUGGUGACGAAUCCAGCGGUGAAGAGACGGGCCGUCUGCGCGGACGUGACGAAGAUCCACGUGACGUCGAAGCGAAGUCGAAGGAACCUCAGCAGAAUCCGGCGCUGACGGACCCAGACGCACAGCAGGAGCUGUGGUGUAGCGGGAUCAGCAAAAUCGGCGAGAUUGCCAAUCCAACUUACCAACUGCGCCCGUACACCGACUUACGGAGGGGGUCCCCCGAUGAUCCGUGA